AUGGCCUGUCACUCAUUUACGCCACUGGUCUUUCUUUACAUUGCUCUAUUUCUCGUGGCUGUUCAGUCCGGUCCAAUAAUUUCCCAAAAACGCGGCAUCUGCGCCACCGAAGAUCCAGACUCGUCUUUCUUAGAUGCCCUUCAACAAGUCAAGGAUGGCGAGUCCCAAUCAUCUCCCAACGCGUCUGAGGCCCGAAAAGCCCCAAUCGAAAUUGAAACUUGGUUCCAUGUUGUCAGCAGCGAGGCUGAAGAGGACCAAGUUACCGAUGAUAUGAUUAAUUACCAGCUUUCCAUCCUUCAGGAUUCGUAUGAAGAUGCUGCCAUCAAGUUCCUUUUACAGGGGGUGACCCGUCAUGUAAAUGACAACUGGGCUCAAGAUGGGGAUGACAUAGCCAUGAAGAAGGCGCUUCGAAGAGGAACCUAUCGAACCCUGAAUGUCUAUUUCCAAACCGAUCUACAAGCGGCCCCUGGGCAGGCCGGCCGAACUACACACCGAGGAGCCAGCGUGGCUAAUGAUUUAUCAUCCAGUGUACUGGGAUUUUGUACAUUGCCUGAUCCAAGUGUGAACGCAACUAGUUCUCGAGAUGACUAUGUCAAGGAUGGGUGCAACAUUCUUGCGAAAACGAUGCCUGGAGGCUCUUUAGACCUAUACAAUCGCGGAGGAACGGCCAUUCACGAAAUCGGGCACUGGAACGGCCUCCUCCAUACUUUCCAGGGAGAAUCUUGCUCAGAUAGCAACCCUGGAGACUACAUUGCGGAUACACCGCAACAAUCCACACCGACAGAUGGAUGCCCAGCCCGCAAAGAUUCAUGUCCUGACUCGCCAGGACUUGAUGCCGUUCACGAUUUCAUGGACUACUCAUCAGAUGUCUGCUAUGAGACCUUCACACCAGGUCAAAUGAAUCGAAUGCGUAACAUGUGGACUACAAUGCGUGAAGGCAAAUGA